GUUGACAUCAGAGCACGCUCUGCUGAGAAACUCCACCUCACUUUCUGCUUGCGCUCGUUUGAAAGUUUAAGAGCAGUGCGUAAAAGUUCGGCUUCACUAUAAGUAUGGAUCCUAAUUCUUCUCUGCUAUGAUAUGUGGUUUUCCUUAAAUUCAACAGUACCCCAAUCUGGAUAAUACAGAAAAAAAAAGGUUUUAUGGCGUCAGAACCUAGAAAUGUCAGUUGCCACGAGCAGCCCACUGUCUCUGGUGGAUCGCCUACAACACCUGCGAUUAUGUUUUCCGCCGGUGUCCUUGGGAACGUGGUCGCCCUAAUUCUCUUGGAAAUACGGCGGAGGAAACAGCCCGCAUCUUUGUUCCAAGUCCUCGUCACAUCUUUGGUCUUCACAGAUUUGCUGGGAACUUUCUCCGUCAGUCCUCUGGUUUUAACCGCGUACUUGAGGAAUGAAUCUUUGAUCGGGAUGAGUGAAAGCCGAUUAGUUUGCGGGCACUUUGGAUACGCCAUGACUUUUUUCAGUAUGGUCACUCUCGCCAUUCUUCUCUCCAUGGCAGUGGAGCGCUGGCUCUCCAUCGGACAUCCUUACUGUUACGAGAAGCGCAUGAGUAAACGCUGCGGGUACAUCACCAUCGCUCUCAUAUACCUGUUUUGCGCUCUUUUCAGUGCCACACCUUUCUUCGGGUUUGGGAAAUAUGUUCAGUACUGUCCCGGUACGUGGUGCUUCAUUGACAUGCACCCGUCUGAGAGAGAGCACAAAGUGUUCAAUAUCAUCUACGCGUCUUGUUUGCUCAUCAUGAUUGUGUGUACAGUUUUGUGCAAUGCGUCCGUCAUCUAUCAUCUUUCACUCAUGUACCGAAGACGCAAGGCGCACCGGAGCUCUGUCCGACGGCAGCGAGGACACAAGAGGCAUCGGUCCAUCGCGAAGGAGGUUGAACAUCUUGUGCUGCUCGGGUUCAUGACAAUAGCAUUCGUUAUCUGCUCUCUUCCGCAUGUGAUUCAAGUGUACUUCAACAUUUCCUACGACCGUCGUCACAAAAAUAAUCUCAUACCCCUUCUUUUAGUAUCGGCCAACCCCAUUAUAGACCCCUGGGUCUUCAUCAUCCUCAGCCCCCCAGUGCCUCGUCUGCUCUGGAACAAGAUGUGCAAGACCGCAAAGUUCAAACCCACCCAGGAACAGGUCCGUAGCAUUCAUCCAGACCUGUAUCAGUCAAACCCACCUGGCGAUUCAGUGUGAUGAAAGUUUACACAGGAAUUCCUGAACUGCCGGUUCCUGAUCUCUGAAACCUCUCUGCAUUGUGGGAAAGAUUAUGGAGUGAUUGCUCACUCAAAUAAUUAAAAUAACGGAUACUGAAGAUCCAGGUCACUGGAUACCUAAACAGAUGGAUCUGAGACCUGAGGAUGAAAGAGCUGUGUGGUGUUGCACAAAUAAUGUCAUGGAGAACAUAGAAGAGUAUAUAUAUAUAUAUAUAUUUUUUUUUUAGAAAAGUAAACUUAUUUAUUGUCUUUA